AUGUCCACUGCUGAUGAAUAUAAACAACAAGGUAAUGCUUGUUUUACCAAUAAAGAUUACGAAGGUGCCAUUGAUUUUUUUACAAAAGCCAUUUCUGCAAGUCCAGAACCAAAUCACGUUUUAUUUUCCAAUAGAUCUGCUUGUUACACCUCCUUGCAAAAGUUUUCACAAGCUUUAAAAGAUGCCGAACAAUGUGUAGAAAUUAAUCCUACUUGGGCCAAAGGUUAUAAUAGGGUGGGUGCUGCUCAAUAUGGUUUAGGCAAUUUAGAUGAAGCUGAAAAAUGUUACAAAAAAUGUUUAGAAUUAGACGCCAACAACAAAAUCGCUAAAGAGGGUUUAGAACAAGUUGAAAAAGUGCAAAAAAGUAGAUUUGAAGAACCAGAUUUAGGUAUUGGUGCUAUGUUUAAAGAUCCUCAAUUGAUUGAAAAGUUGAGUAAAAAUCCAAAAGUUGCCGAACUAAUGAAAGAUCCAAGUAUGGUUGCUAAAUUGAAACAAUUUCAAAGUAACCCAAGCGCUAUGGGUCCUCAAUUGUUAAGUGACCCCAAAUUAAUGCAGGUUCUUGCAGCAAUGAUGGGUGUUGAUUUAAGUAUGGGCAAUGAAUCUAAUUCUUUACCAAAAGAUGACUAUCCUGGUGCUACUGGAAGUACUUCCACAGAAGAAUCUAAAAAUAAAGAAGAAGAAAAAAAACAAAAGCAUGAAUCGGAAAAUGUGCAAGAAACUAAAAAGGAAGACAUCCAAGAGCCAGAACCAGCCGCUGAUCAAGAUAAAUCAAAGGCUGAGAAUUUGAAAGCUGAAGGUAACAAACUAUAUAAACAAAAAAAAUUUGAUGAAGCCAUUGCUUUAUACGAUCAAGCAUGGGAUACUUUCAAAGAUGUUACAUUUUUAAAUAACAAAGCUGCUGCUGAAUAUGAAAUGGGUGAAUAUGAAACUGCAAUUUCAACUCUGACCAAUGCUGUUGAACAAGCCAGAGAGUUAAGAACUGACUACAAAAUUGUUGCAAAAUCAUUUGCACGUAUCGGUAACUCCUAUUUGAAGUUGAACAAUUUGCCAAAGGCCAUUGAAUUUUAUCAAAAAUCAUUGACUGAACACAGAACACCUGAUGUUCUAAAUAAAUUGAGGUCCUGUGAGAAAGAUUUGAAAAAACAGAAGGAAUUGGAAUAUAUUAAUCCCGAAAAGGCUGAAGAAGCUCGUUUGCAAGGUAAAGAUUAUUUUGUCAAGUGUGACUGGCCUAAGGCUGUUGAAAGUUAUACUGAGAUGAUCAAGAGAGCUCCGGAGGAUCCAAGGGGUUAUUCUAACAGAGCUGCCGCAUUGGCCAAAUUAAUGUCCUUUCCAGAGUGUAUUAAAGACUGUGAUAGAGCUAUUGAAAAAGACCCGGAUUUUGUGAAGGCUUAUAUCAGAAAAGCUUCAGCUCAAAUAGCAGUUAAAGAGUAUGCUAGUGCCAUUAAAACUCUAGAUGAAGCAAGGGCUAGAGAUACUAAAGUUAAUAAUGGUUCCAGUGCCCACGAAAUUGAUCAAUUGUAUUACAAGGCUAAUCAACAAAGAUUCCAACCAUCCAAUCCAAACGAAACUCCAGAACAAGCUUAUGCAAGAGCCAUGAAAGAUCCUGAGGUCGCUGCUAUAUUGCAAGAUCCUGUCAUGCAAAGUAUUUUGAGUCAAAGUCAACAGAAUCCAGCUGCCUUAAAUGAGCAUAUGAAGAAUCCAGAAAUUUUUAAGAAAAUCCAAACGCUAGUUGCUGCUGGCAUUAUUCGUACUAGGUAA